AGCUUUUUUCACACAAAAAUGAAACACUCAGCAUCCCAAUGUUUUUAUUAGCCCUGAGUAAUGUGAAACCCAGUAAUAUCCCGCUGGUGGGAAUGAGAGGGAAAAGAGGAAGGGAUCCACUUGUCAGACUAAAUGACAUCACGAAAACUCGAGGCUUUUCAUUCCAGUGGUACAACUUAUUCAGUCAGCAUCUCCAAUCUCGUUGCUCCAGAUAAAUACUCAAUUUGUUAAUAAAAAAAAUACCCUGAAGAUCAUGGGAAGUAGACAGAGGUAUCAGGCAAAUGCUCGAGAGCGCGACAGGACCCACAGGCGGAAUACAGAAGAAAAAUACACAUCUUCAAUGUGCAGUGUCAACACAGCCUUCAGUAAUCUCAGGAUGUUGAUUCCAACUGAACCUGCUGACAGGAAGUUAUCGAAAAUCGAGACGCUGAGGCUCGCGAGCUCCUAUAUCAGUCAUCUGGAUGCUAUUCUUAUAUCUGGACCAAUUGAUCAGCCUUGUCUACGAUUGGAGGAUAAUAAUUGGGGUAAUCCCAGGGGAAGACCUCAGGUCUGCACUUUUUGUCUUGCCAUGCACAAGAAAUACAAUAUCGAUGGAGUUUCAGCGUAUGGGUUCGAUGAUUUUUCUGGUGGAAAUAGGAGUAAUUAUUGUUAAUGAUAAUUGUGAUUAAUAUUUAUGUUAUUGAAA